AUGCAGUCUGUCACCAUCCCCACCAAGGGUAUCACGUUCUCCUACCUCGACAGCGGCGUCCCUGCAGACGCAGCCACCGCCGAGACAUUCAUCGUUAUCCACGGUCACAGCUUCAAUGCCAAUGUAUGGCAGAAUGUCAUGGCGCAGGCGCCCUCGCACGGGGCCCGCAUCAUCGCUAUCAACCGGCGCAACUACCCUGGCUCGACGGAGUACGAUCGCGCUGAGGCGGAGACCUUCGCCAACGGCUCGCUGAUUGACCGUGUUGCCCUCAUGAAGGAGGAAGGCGCUAUCCUCGACUUGAUGGUCGACGCCCUUGUGAGCCAGCUUGGCCUGCGCUCUGUCAACGUAGUCGGCUGGUCCAUGGGCAACGCAUUCCUGAUGUCCAUGAUCGCCGCCAUCGUUUCCCUCCCUGCUUCCACUGCCCAGCGUUUGCAGGCCGCCGUCAAGACCUUCGUCAUGUGGGAUGCCCCCAUCACCGCCCUCGGCUUCGAGGGCUACGAGUACAACACGCCGCUUUACGACGAAUCCAUCCCGCCCGAAGCGCGCGGCUUCGCCUUCGUCAAGUGGGUCUCCAGCUACUUCGUGCACGACCUCGACACCCCCGCGCGCGACCUCGCGCAGCUCAAGGUUUUCGACGCGGACCUCACCCGCCCGCCGACCAUCGAGAAGAUGGGCGAGAAGAUCAUGGCGGUCGCGAGCAUGCAAGAGAGCCUCGUCGCGGACGUGCCGAUCGUGAGCGACGCGUUCCAGCCCGUGCUCGCGGAGAUCCGCCGCGCGGCGCUGUUCUCGCCGGCCGUCGCGGCGUGCUGGCCGCAGUCGCGCGUCGUGUACCUGUGGAACUCGAGCAGCUGCUGGAAUGUGGUGUGGGCGUCGUGGACGGUCGAGAAGGAGGCGAAGGCCGCAGGCGGCGUCGGCAUGCCGUUGAAGUUCAAGAUCCUUGAGGGCGGUAACCAUAUGUCGCACUGGGACCUCCCCGAAAAGACCAUGGCCACCUUCGUCGAAAGCGUCAAGGCGUAA